AUGGAGGCGAGAGAGAUGUUUGACAGAGAAAGUGAAAUUCUUGGCACCAGGAAUGAAGAGGAAGUAGAGGAAGCCAACUCCACCAGAAGCCAACUCCACCAGAAGCCAACUCCAACCAGAAGCCAACUCCAACCAGAAGCCAACUCCAACCAGAAGCCAACUCCAACCAGAAGCCAACUCCAACCAGAAGCCAACUCCAACCAGAAGCCAACUCCGCCAGAAGCCAACUCCACCAGAAGCCAACUCCGCCAGAAGCCAACUCCGCCAGAAGCCAACUCCGCCAGAAGCCAACUCCGCCAGAAGCCAACUCCGCCAGAAGCCAACUCCGCCAGAAGCCAACUCCGCCAGAAGCCAACUCCGCCAGAAGCCAACUCCAUCAAUAACAUCAAAUUAGCAGUGACAGUAAAGAAGUUGGCAGACAGUAAUGGUCAUUGA